GCGCAGAUCGCAGGGCGCAGAUCGCAGAUCGCAGGGCGCAGUGGCAUAUUUCGAUUAUGUCUUAUCGUCCAACUUCAACUAAUGUUGGAGGGUGUGUGAUGUAGAUUGCUAACCACAGUCUAUUGUUUGGUUUGAGUGUGAGAGCUUAUUAUUAAUGUUGAAUGUUGUGUGACCACCACACUAGAGUGUGAUGAAAUAAUUGUGGUGAGGGUAGUUCUAUUUUUUUCCAGGAAGAACAAGAGUAAAAAAUUAUAUUUGUUUUCGUAUAAAAAGGGCAAACGGUUUCAUAUUUUAAUCAUUAUAUUAAAAAUCAUUUAUUUAAUCAAAAUUCAAAAUAAUUGUUAUAAAAAAAUGAGAGAAUUUGUAUGUUAUAUUUGUGAGAAAACUUACGAACAUAAACAAUCUUUGAAUCGUCAUUUGCGUUUACAACAUUCAAUUGAGUGUGUGAAAUGUAAUGUGAAAUUUAGUACUUAUCCAGAGCUUUUAAAGCAUAUGAAGUCAAUGGAACACAAUGAAAAAAAAGAGGAAAAAACGGUAUACUGUGAAAAUUGCAAUUUAACUAUUCCAAAAAAUCAGUGGAAGAAUCAUAUCAGCACUAACACACACAUCGAUAAGUGUGUAAAAUGGAUAGAUAAGGAUGUGUCUUGCUUUGGAUCUAGCUUUCAAAAUCGAAUAGAAAGUUAUAAAAUAAAAAAUAGUGAUAUCAAUAACUUGAUACCCGAAAACUUUUUCGAAUCAAUUCAAGAAAAAGUAAUCAAUAUAAUUCAAAAGGCGUUGCAAAAGCAUGAAUCUAUUAAAUAUAAUUGUACACUACAUUGUAAUUAUAUUUUGAUGAAAGAGAAUGCGGAAGAUGAAGUUAGUUUAUUUACACAUCACACAAAAAUGUUGAUACUAUCUCCCUCAAGUACACUGGACGAAAUUUUAAAUCAUUAUAAUGAAAAUUGUAAUGAAAUAAUUAAAAAAAUGAGUGAAUUCCAAGAACGAGAUAGUGGAUGGACUUUAAUCGAAAUAAAAUAUCUAGAGAUCAACAUCAACAAAUAUACAUGUUUGAGAGGAUCUCAAUACAUAAAUCUUCCUCCCAAAAUAAGGAAUAAAAAGGCUUGCAUUAAUGUGCAAAACAAUGAUGUUUAUUGUUUUAAAUGGGCAAUAAUAUCAGCAUUAAAUCCACUUCCAAAUGAAAAGAAACCACAUAAAUGUAGCAACUACAAAGUAACGGACAUUAAGGCAAACAUUAUAACAUUGGAAAAUAAUAUAAUAUUAAAUUUUGAAAACAUGGAAUUUCCCCUUACCAUAAAUAAAAUCAGAGUCUUUGAGCUGCAGAAUCCUGAUAUAAAAGCUGAGAAAUCAACUCACAUCAAUCUUCUUCUAAUAGAAGAGGAUGAUAAAUUUCAUUACAUCUGGAUAAAAAAUAUAUCAAGAUUGUUGCGAAGUUCUAUAACAAAGAAAAAAAAUAGGAUUCAUUUUUGUAACACCUGCUUAACUCAUGUUUCUUCAAGUAGUAGACUAGAGAAACACAAACGUGAGUGUAAAAAGAUGGUAACAACAAUGCCAUCAGAUAAAGAUAAAAUACUUAAAUUUAAGAAUUUUAAACAUAAAUUAGAUAUUCCAUUCUCAAUUUAUGCCGAUUUUGAGUGCAUUCUUCAACCGUUAGAGAUACAAAAUUCAAGUAAAGUAAAAUCAGUUCAAAAACAUAUUCCAUUUGCAUACAGUUAUUAUAUCAAAUGUUCAUUUGAUUCAAAUUUAGAUAAGAUUAAAAUUUAUUCAGGUGAAGACUGUACAAAACAUUUUUUUAACUCAUUAGUGGGAGAGAUUGUAUGGAUUUAUAAUAAUUAUUUAUCUAAAGUAAAACCAAUGAAUUCCUUAACAUUAAUUCAACUACAAUACCAAAAGGAACAUCCGAUUUGUCAUAUUUGUGAAAAGUCUUUUUUAAAUACUGAUGUUAGAGUAGCUGAUCAUUGUCAUUUGACAGGUGAAUACAGAGGACCUGCUCAUAAAAAUUGUAAUUUAGAGUAUCAAAUAGCAAAUUUCGUUCCAGUAUUUUUUCAUAAUCUUUCAGCAUAUGAUUCUCAUUUGUUUGUUAGAGAACUCUCCUCUGUAGUUGGUGAUAUAAAUAUUCUUCCAUUAAAUAAGGAACUUUAUAUUUCUAUAUCGAAAAGAAUUUAUAUAGAUUCAAAUAAGAGUAUUGAAAUACGUUUUCUAGAUUCAUGUAAAUUUAUGGCAUCUAGCUUAGAAAAGCUAGCAGGUUAUUUAUCUGAUGAAGAUUUCAAUGCUGUUAAAUCAACUUUUGUUAACGAUAGUGAAUUUAAUUUAAUGAAGCGUAAAGGUGUAUUUCCUUAUGACUAUUUAGAUUCUCCUGAACGAUUAGAAGAAAACGCUUUACCACCUAUUUCCAAUUUUUUUAAUAAGCUAACUAAUGAGGUUUGUAGUGAGGAUGAUUAUACACACGCUAAAAAUGUAUGGAAUAUAUUUAAAUGUAAAAAUUUAAAAGAUUACUUAUUACUUUAUUUGAAAGUUGAUGUUUUGUUAUUAUGCGAUGUGUUUGAAAAUUUUAGAAAAGUAUGUAAAAAAAUUUAUAAUUUAGAUCCAUGUCAAUAUUAUACAGCACCUGGUUUGUCUUGGAGUGCAAUGUUAAAAACAACUGGAAUAGAACUAGAAUUAUUAACUGACUUUGAAAAGUACAAUUUUAUUGUGGAGGGUAUUAGAGGAGGGAUUGUUCAAUGUUCUAAACGAUUUUCAGUUGCAAAUAAUAUAUAUGUAAGUGAUUAUAAUCCAUGUCAAGAUUCAAAUUUUUUAAUUUAUUUAGAUGUUAAUAAUUUAUAUGGUUAUGCUAUGUCACAGUAUCUACCUUAUAAAAAUUUUGAAUGGGUUGAAAAUAUUGAAAUGUUUAAUUUGAAUGAUAUCAAAGAAGAUUCAGAGAUAGGAUAUAUAUUAGAGGUAGACUUAGAAUAUCCAUCCUCAUUACAUGAUUAUCACAAUGACCUACCAUUUUGCGCUGAAAAUAAAAAACUUGGUUCUAUGAGGCAAUCUAAAUUAGUUUUGAAUUUAAAUGAUAAAAUUAAUUAUAUCAUACAUUAUAAAACUCUUCAACAGUGUAUUAAACAUGGAUUAGUUUUAAAAAAAAUACAUAGAAUUCUCCAGUUUAAACAAACGAAUUGGUUGCAAAAGUAUAUUGAUUUAAAUAACUAUCACAGAACUUUAGCUAAAAAUUUGUUUGAACAGAAUUUUUUCAAAUUAUUGAAUAAUGCUGUUUAUGGUAAGACGAUGGAAAAUGUUGAUAAAAGAAAAUGUAUUAAAAUUGUAACUAACUGGGAGAGUAAAGGUAGAAAAUUGGGUGCAAGGGCUCUUAUAGCUAAACCUAAUUUUCAUAGUUCACUCAAAAUAUCUAACGAUAUGGUUGUAAUUCAAAUGAAAAAAUCGCAUGUUGAAUAUAAUAAACCAAUAUAUAUUGGAUUUACUGUUUUAGAACUAUCGAAAUGGAAAAUGUAUGAUUUUCAUUAUAAUUAUAUGAAAAUAAAGUUUAACCAAUCAACUACUCUAAAUUACAUGGAUACCGAUUCAUUUAUUUAUGAUAUUAAAACAAAAAAUUUCUAUGAUGAUAUUCGAAAUGAUAUCACAAAAUAUUUUGAUACAUCAGCGUAUCCAAUUAAUAAUAUUUAUAAUUUUCCGUUAGAAAACAAAAAAGUUCUAGGAAUGAUGAAAGAUGAAUGUGGUGGAAAAAUAAUGAAGGAGUUCAUUGGUUUACGCUCAAAAAUGUAUUCAAUUAAGAUUGAUAAAGUAGAUGAAGAAAUAAAGAAAAUAAAAGGUGUAAAACAUUGUGUUACAGCAAAACUUUCAACCAACGAUUUUAAAAAUUGUCUUUUUAAACAAAUUAAUUAUUAUGAUUCUAUGUAUGUUUUUAGAUCAAAAAUUCAUCAAUUGUACACACAACAUAUACAUAAAUUAGUUUUAAAUUAUUUAGAUGAUAAGAGAUUUAUAAGAGAAAAUGGUGUUGACACCUAUGCUUGGGGACACUAUAAAAUAAAAAAAUAA